AUGACAAGACAACAGAUGCUCUCCCUCACCUCUCGCUCCAAGGAGACGAAGAAGAGAGAUAAAGGGAAUUGUCUGUACGAGCUGCUGGCUGCAUUGCCAGCCCAGCUGCAGCCACAUGUGGACAGCCAGGAAGACCUGACCUUCCUCUGGGAUAUGUUUGGUGAAAAAAGCCUUCAUUCACUGGUGAAGAUUCAUGAAAAACUGCAUUAUUAUGAAAAACAGAACCCGGUGCCCAUACUCCAUGGUGCAGCAGCCUUGGCAGAUGAUCUGGCUGAGGAGCUGCAGAGCAAGCCACUGAGCAGCGAGAUCAGAGAACUGUUGAAACUCCUCUCAAAACCCAAUCUCAAGGCUUUGCUGUCUGUACAUGAUACUGUUGCUCAGAAGAACUACGAUCCUGUCUUGCCCCCCAUGCCUGAUGAUAUUGAUGAGGAAGAAGAUUCUGUUAAAAUAAUCAGGCUUGUCAAAAACAGGGAACCAUUGGGAGCUACUAUUAAAAGGGAUGAACAUACUGGUGCAAUUGUGGUGGCCAGGAUAAUGCGUGGAGGAGCUGCAGAUAGAAGUGGUCUUAUUCACGUUGGCGAUGAACUGAGGGAAGUCAAUGGGAUUCCCGUAGAUGAUAAAAAACCUGAAGAAAUAAUACACAUUUUGGCUCAGUCUCAAGGAGCAAUUACAUUUAAAAUUAUACCUAGUGUGAAGGAAGAAAUGCCAAUGAAGGAAGGCAAGAUGUUUAUCAGAGCCCUAUUUGACUAUGAUCCUAACGAGGAUAAAGCAAUUCCUUGUAAAGAAGCUGGACUUGCUUUCAGAAAAGGAGAUGUCCUUCAGAUCAUGAGCCAGGAUGAUGCAACCUGGUGGCAGGCCAAACACGAGGGUGAUGCCAAUCCCAGAGCAGGCUUGAUCCCUUCAAAGCAUUUCCAGGAGAGGAGAUUUGCAUUAAGAAGACCAGAAGUGCAGAUUCAACCACUGAAAAUUUCCAACAGAAAAUCAUAUGAGGAAGCGGUUGAGUGUGAGGAAAUUGAAGAAGAUGCUGAAUGUGCUGGUCACAACAGUGGAUCCUAUUUAGCUGGUUUUAGAAGAAGCUUUCGUCUUAGCAGAAAAGAUAAAAAAACAAACAAAUCUAUGUAUGAAUGCAAGAAGAGUGAUCAGUAUGAUACAGCAGAUAUCCCAACAUAUGAAGAAGUUGCAAAAUAUAGACGACAACCUAAUGACAAAUACAGGCUUGUUGUUUUGGUUGGUCCUGUAGGGGUUGGACUGAAUGAACUUAAACGGAAAUUGCUGAUCAGUGACACCCAGCAUUACGGGGUAACGGUGCCACACACUACCCGGCCCAGGAGAAGCCAAGAAAGUGACGGUGUGGAAUACAUUUUCAUUUCCAAGCACUUGUUCGAGACAGACGUACAGAAUAACAAGUUUAUCGAGUACGGCGAGUACAAGAACAACUACUACGGUACGAGUCUGGACUCUGUCCGCUCUGUUCUAGCUAAAAACAAAGUUUGUUUGUUGGAUGUGCAGCCUCAUACAGUGAAACACUUACGGACGUAUGAAUUUAAACCAUUUGUUAUAUUUAUAAAACCUCCGUCACUCGACCGUUUGAGAGAGACCAGAAAAAACGCCAAGAUUAUUUCAAGUAAAGAUGACAAGGGAACUGCAAAACCCUUUACAGAAGAAGAUUUUCAAGAAAUGAUUAAAUCUGCCCACGUGAUGGAGAGCCAGUACGGCCACCUUUUCGAUAAAGUGAUUGUCAACGACGACCUCGCCACGGCUUACAGUGAGCUCAAAGCAACUUUUGACAGGUUGGAGACCGAGACCUUCUGGGUUCCUGUCAGCUGGUUACAUUCAUAACCAUUUACAUGGACAAAACAUCUGCUGUUACCUCAGCUUCUGCACGUGGGGCAUGGCUGGGCUUUACUCCAUGGCCGGUUUCUUGGUAGGAGGGCUUUCCUACUCUGCAUCCACUUGGGACUGGGCUCCUUUUCCUGGGUCUUCAAUCCUCCUGCCCACGAUUUUGGGGCAGAUCAGUCAGAUUAAAGCGAAGUCCUACUAUGCUCCAUAAGGUGAGGUAACACUAGUGUAACACAACAGCCAAGCACCUCUUUAGUGUCACCUGUGUGUGUCCAAGGUAAGCUCUUGUAGCAGAGAGUUUGCAGAAGAUGCUAAUUAACACUGGAGAUCAGCACUUUGAUGGUUUUAGGCAUAGCUGCUCCCAUAAAGAGCACAUCAGCACUUGGAAAUUAUUACCCCUUAAGUGCUUGAGAGAACUGAAACGGGCAAAAGUGACCAACAUUUUUAUGAGGAAGAUGUAGUUUUAGUUGCGUAUGGAGAUAAGUGUUUUUACUUUUCGAGAGGUGAACCUUGUCUUACGUGUACAGAGUGAUUGUAGUUUUCCUUUGCACUUGUGUAGUCAUGGCAAGAGAGACGUGUUCAGUGGCUUAAUUGUGAAACUCUCUGCUGUGAGCAUGCACGGGUUGAAAAUACUUUGACGCAUGCUUUGUGGCACAACAAGGAAAACUCACAGGAAUAUUUAUUUAAAUAGGGAAAAAUGUGAGUUACUGUAUAUAUAACUUCAAGUCUUUGGGAUUAAUCUCCUGUAAAAUCAGUGGCAAAGUGAUAUGAAUAGGAACAAAGUGGAGAGUAAUUUUUUUUUUUUCCUCUUUAAAUUGGUUUCAAAAAUUUUUGGCAUCCUUUAGAACAUUUUUCCCAUCAGAAAUUUCAAACAAUUAGUGAGGAAACUUUGGCGAUCUGGGAAGCAGUUGCAAGAGAUUAAUUCUUUUUAUUGUUUAGUAUGUAGUAAUACUUCGUAGCAGUGUAACAGCUAUUUUGUCUCCACCCAAAAAUUAAAUAAUGCCGUAGACUUCACUGUAAAAAGUAUCCUUGUCACUGGUCAGACACAGUGGGAGACCUCAUUUUAAAAUUUGAUGUGGGAGUGUCAGCAAAUGUAUAUUAGCCGAUGUAUUUUUAAUAGAGAUAAUUUGGUAUUUUUCUUUAUUUACUACUGAUAUGCAGGAAAUGAGUACGUCUGUAAAGAGCAAGUAACACCUGUGUGUUGUGUUGUGAGUCUGUCUCGUAAGCACGGAGCGUGCGUAGGAGCUCGCUGACCUCAGACCAUCCCAUCUGUGGCACUCCAGCAGGAAACCCUUAGUUCAUGUUAAUCUGUAAAGAGAAUAUAGCUGUCUUGUUUAAAGAAAAAAGAAUUUAGUGAAACUUUAUAUAUUUAUGCAGGGGUUGAAAAGGGAUGUUAAGUUUUUAAAUAUCUUGUCAAUGUGAUCAUUUACUAAGGAGAUUACUGCGUCUGUAAUUUGAAACACUGUCUCUGUAAAUGGAGCUCAACAUUCCAUGUAAAUAUUUUAUUUCAGUUCAUACGCUGACAAAGCCAUCAGAUUUUGCAGUUUUAUUCUAAAUGCGUAUUUAAUGUGUGGGUCAUUGCGUUUGGCUUAGAGUCGUAUAAAAUAAAUGAAAUGCAAGCAACAACAGC